UCCCUCAAGAAAACUUAAUCCCCCAUUAUGCUACAGAGUUGUUUAAAAUGGGGCCAAGAGCAGCACCAGGGUGGCACGGCUACUGACCGAGAGCUGCGAGCGCGAGAUUUAAAGUGUUUUCAGUCAAACAAAAAGUCUCCAUUUCAUCUGGAUGCUGUUCCAGACUCCGGCCAAUCCAGGCAUGUCAAGACCUGUCCACUUCAGGCAUGUCAAGACCUGGAGCAUGAUCUUUGUGCAUGAGAAUCACAGCCAUUGGCAGAAAGACCACAGUGUUAAGAGAAAACGUAGAACAGCUUUUCACCAAGUUUGUGGAAGAAGGAAAAGCCACCAUACGGCUGAAGGAACCGGCCGUGGAUGUCUGUCUCAGCAAGGCAAACGCCAAUCUCUUGAAGGCUUUCCUCUCGGCAGUGAAAUUGGCCAACAGUGGGACCCAUGAGGAAAGCAUGCCCCUCUCUGCUUUGGCCCCAGCCAAGGCAUCCGAAGUUGAGAAACCAAAGACAAGGAUGACGAUCACGUCGAGGAAAGAAUACCCACUCACCCGCAACUUCCCAUACUCUCUAGAACACCUUCAAGCCUCCUACUGCAAACUGGCCCGCGUCGACAUGCGCAUGCUCUGUCUGAAAAGCCUGCGGAAGUUGGAUUUGAGCCACAACUGUAUCAAGAAGCUGCCGGCCACCAUCGGGGACCUCGUGUGCCUUCAGGAGCUAAACCUACACAACAACCACCUGGAGGCGUUCAACACCGCGCUCUGCAGCUCCACCCUCCGGAAGUCGCUCCAGUCUCUGGAUCUCAGCCAGAACAAAAUCAGAGCUCUCCCGGCUCAGUUCUGCCUGUUGCAGGAACUGACUCACCUGAGGCUGGACGACAACGAGCUGAUCCGGCUGCCGUUCAAGAUCGGGCGGCUGAGGCAGCUGCGUUUCUUAUCCGCCGCUCGCAACAAGCUCCCGUUUUUGCCCGACGACUUUGCAAAACUCUCCCUCGAGAACCUGGAUUUGUUUGGCAACCCGUUUGAGCCGCCCAGGCCGCUCGUUCCCGACAUACAGCUCAAAAUACCAUUGACUUUGUUAGAGUAUUCUGCAAGAGCAACGGUGAAUUACAGGAUCCUCUACGGCCGCCACAUCCUCCCGUCUCACCUCUGUGACGACCUGGACAUGUCCAAGACUUGCCAGUGCGGCCGUGCCUGCCUCACCUGCUUCAUCCAGGCGACGGUGACCAUGAAACUCUCCACAGUUGGCGUACACACGGUCGCAGUUGAGUGCCGGACUUAACAUGGGCGGAACGGAGGCCCCCGCCCUCCGCUAUUUCUGCUCCCUGACUUGCUACUCCCAGUUUCUGGACAGGCACCUGCAAAGCGCAUCGUGGUGACCUAGGCCCCCCCGACAUCAUGGGCGUGUGAGGACGCAAAGGAGUCUGGCCUGGCUCUGCCUGUUCUCAGAGCAACCAUAAAAUGCUUUGUACCUCGGCCCCCUGCUGUUACUCGGGAAGGGCUGGCGUGAGGGUUUCUCUUUGCCUCUUGCCUUUUUCCACCGCUCAGCAAGAGGGAGGAAUGUGAGCACCGGUUUUAAAUAACAUAGUUUACUGGGGGUGGAUGCUGACGCAGCUCCGUGUGCCUUUGUCUGCAGAUCAGGGAGGCUGUUUCCCUGUCUGUCUUCCCAGCCGUGGCUUCUGCUCUCGGGCCCCGUUCCUUCCCCCCCCCCCUUUCUCUUUCCAUUGUCUUCUGCAAGAAUCAUGAGUGGCUCCCACCCUCCAAGAAACAGCAGGUGUCCAAAGCGUGCCUUCAGCCACGGCAGCUGGGGAACAAGAAGAGAUUCUGUUCCCCAUGAAUAGUGACUCGCACAAAAAUAGCGCCAGUUAGCUAGAUCCCCCCCCCCCCCCCCCCGCUUUCGAAAGUCAAAGCGUUUUCUACCUGAAUUGACCUAUGCCUUCUGUCUCAGGACGAAAGAGCACAGCUGAUCUUACAGGUCCAGUUAUGUUUUCAGUUGCUAUGUAAGGCCGUAACAUGCUUGAGCAAGUGACUGAAUAGCGGCCUACUUACGAUAAAGCUUGUCUGCUGGAAUUGAGUUUCUCCGUUUGCAGGGUUUUCCCCACAAAAUGUAAGGUGCCAGGUGUUAUGAAAAAGGUAGACCCGCGCGCACAAAAACACAGGGCUUUAUUUUUUCUGAUGUGAUUCACGUUUCCACAGGCCUCCAAAUAAAUAUUUCGUACGGAGUCGUUCUUCACUACUAAA